UCUUAACUGUUGGCAUUUCCAGUAAAAAGGUGAAAAUGAAAGUGGAUAACUGAACACAUUGUCAUAUUGGAUUCCAUUUUCAUCCAAUUUGUGUUUCUGAAGCUGAAGGUGAACAUUCAAGGAUUGGGUCAAGUGUUCGUUCAGCACGCACAGCAGAAAAGUGAUCAUAGAGAAACCACUGUCACCCGAGACACGAUCAAAGGAUUCUGUACCACCAUCGAAGAACCUAGCGGAAGCCCCUGCUUUGUCGCUGCCGCCAGGAUCACCACAACCUCAUUGUCGUCGAACCUACAGCGAAUAAGGUAAGAAUGAACAAGCGCAUGUGGAGUGAUGAAGAAACCAAAGCAUUUGUGGGUUUCAUGAAGGAGUUCGUUGUUGAUGGUCUGAAAACCGAUUCUGGACAAUUCAAACCAGGAACUUUUAAAAAACUAGCUUUAAAGAUGCUGGAGGCCUUCCCAACUUGUACCAUAACCGCCAAACAUUGCAAAAAUAAGCAUAAGCGAUUGAAGGAGAAGUAUCAAUAUGCCUCUGAGAUGUUGGCUUGCAGUGGAUUUGGGUGGAAUUCUAAAAAACAGUGUGUGGAAGUAGACAGUAAAGAUGUUCUUGAUGCGUGGACGAAGGUCGCACACCCGACCAAGUUCUACACUGUUGGGAAGCCAUUCCCUUUGUUCCACCGACUAGAGGGUAUAUUCGGAAAGGAUAGAGCCACGGGUGUAAGUGCAGCAAGUGGUUUCAACACACAGGAACAAGUUCACGAAGAAGGGGAAGAUCAGAGUCCAGGAAUUCUAGAGGGUACAUUCGGAAAGGAUAGAGCCACAGGUGUAGAUGCAAUAAAUGGUUUCAACACACAGGAACAAGUUCAUGAAGAAGAGGAAGAUCAGAUUCCUGGAUUGGACGAAUUUGAGGUGUCAGCAAAUACAAGCUUUGAUGGAGAGCAAGGAGCAGCUUCACACUCUGAGGCUGGUGCAGCUAGCGCAAGGCAUUCAGGAAAGAAGAGGAAGCAAAAUGACAUUCUAGAGAGGAUGGUUGAAUGUGUGCGGUUUUCUAUUGCUGCCCAAGAGAAGCAUGUCCAAAUUCUUGCUGAUGCUAUUUCAGGUGUGAAUGAGAGGUUUAAGAUUGGUGAGAAGCUUGAACAACUUGGAUUCAGUGAUGAUGAGGUUGUGCAGGUUGUGUUGAAGUUUUCUGAUAACUCAAAUUUGGAGAAGAGCUUCUGGAGUUUGACAAAUUCUCAGAAGAGUGCAUUAGUGCGAUCCAUUCUAAGAUAAUAAUAGAAUUAGUGCAGAUUGUCUCCUGUUGUGGUAUAUUGUGAAACUUAUUAUGUGGUCUUUGGUAGUCUUUUGGAACUUAGGUUGAUUUAAGACUUUCUGUCCAAGUAUAUAUUAGGUGACACUUAUUUGAGACUUGUAAAGCCAUUCUCAAACCACAAUAGCAAAAGCGUUCUCCAAUUACAUUAGAA